CUUUGGAGUCUCUUUGUUUCAAUUACGUUGUUCUUUGGCUGUUGCUUUGUGGAAGAUAUAUAACUGAUUCAACAAUCCGUAGUUAUGGAGAACGACGCAGGAGAGUUUGUCGACUUGUAUCGCCCUCGCAAAUGUUCCGCCAGCAACCGCAUCAUUCACGCAAAGGAUCAUGCGUCUAUACAGAUUAAUAUUGCUGAUGUAGAUCCAGCUACGGGACGUAUGACGGACACUACAAAAAUGUACGCAAUAUGUGGCGCCAUACGGAGAAUGGGGGAGUCUGAUGAUUGUAUAGCAAGGCUUGCAAAAAAGGAUGGCAUUCUUGCAAAGAACUUUUGAUGCCUGAUGUUCGUGUCUACAAAUUUGUACUAAAAUAAAAACUUUAUCCUAAAUAA